AUGGCACCUACGGUAGAAGCACAGGCCCAGAGGAGCCAAGCAGUCAUUGAUCCUGCAACAGACAUAUCUAAGAAAGGUCUAACGAUUCAGACUCCUGAGAGUAAAGGGAAUGAAAGCAAGAUCAACACAGAAUGUGUCAGUGCAACAGAGAAUCAAAGAGAAAUGGAUUCACAGACCACAGCAACACAAGAGGAGACCUCUGAUCCCACAACUAAAGUAGAAACACAAAACCACAGAGGUCCGGAGGUCGAUGACGUUGAUAUUGUAAUUCAGGCAUCAGAAGAGCCGAUUAAGACGGUUAAUCAGUCAGAGGUUGAGAUUCAUGAAAACCAGAUAGUGUAUGAGCCCAUUAGUAGUCCAGAGAGUAAUGACGACAGAGAGAUGUCUACUGCAUCGGAGAACCACGAUGGUGUGUCUUUACUGGACAUACAGAACACCCAGCAGAUGGAAGGUGAUUCAUCUACUAAUGAAGAAAACCGUUGUAAUCAACAACUAGAAAAAGAGGAAGACGUCCAGCAAAAUAUAUGCGUCUCAGACAGCCAAGAGGUCGAAAUGGAAGCGCAAAACAUCAGAGUGCCUGAGAAUUGUGUCGCUGCACCGCCGGAGCAGAGUAACUUGCAUAUGGACGUGAAACAAGUCGCAGUGAUCAGCUCUAGCGAUGACAUCAACAUGCCAGAUGGCCAGUCAGAAGAUGCAACGGAAAAAAGUGAACGGAAUGGGUAUCCGGACUGCGUCAGUGCCCCAGAGUUUCCUGAACAAGUGCAGGAGGACACUGGACUUCAGGAAGUUGAAGACGUCACGGUGACAACAACUACAGCCACGACUAAAGUUGAAAUACCAGAUAGCACAUCUGAGGAGUUUUUGAUCUUAGAACCAAUCCCAGUGGGUGAAAUUCACUUUGAUAUUGUCACUCAAGCAGCGGCUGAAUCGGGUUUGUCGGACUCUCUCUCACAGGUGAAUCCAGACAGUGCUAUGGAAGAUGACUUGGAGAAUGAAAGGAUUUUAAAUGGUUCCCAACAAACCGUCUUCCUGGAGGCCGAAGUGCAGCAAUGUCAAGCAACUGAUGAAAUCAAAGUAACAAAUUCAAGUGAGGUUUUAGAUCAGGAGGCCAGGCCUGGGACUGAAAUCUCAGGUGAGGAAGGUGCUGAAGUUCUUCAAAAUUCUGACCACAACCAACAAGCGUCAUUUGACAUGAUGGUCGUUAAUACCUCAGAGAUUGAAAUGGCAAGCUGCCAUGCUCAAGUCACAAAUGAUGACUGCAAUGCACUGAUGAUAGAGAACGCUGAGGCUAGUUUGGACCUACAAGAAGUGCAGAUAAUGGAGGACAUAGAGAUCGGCCGUGAGAUCGUAGUAGCAGAGGAAGAGGAUGAUGAAGAUAGUGACAUUACAAUAAUAGAAAAACCCCAGGAAACCCCCAAGGCAGACCUUCCUGAAAAGUCUGAGGGAACAGUUGAUGAGAAAACUAAAGUUGGCACCUGUGGGACCAGCUUGACGCAUAACAGCACAGCUGAAAAGACUGAACAUGAUAAAAAGGGACAAGGGGCAGAAAAACCCAAGAAACAAGAAAUGAACACUCAGGCCAGAACCAAAGCCCGCCUCGCAGCUCUGGCUGAGCAAAAGGCUGCAGCGUCUAAGAGAACAGCCAACAGACAGCAGCUGAACCUCUUAGCUUUGUGUCAGGAAAUCGCAGAGGACAUUGCUACAGACAGCAUGCUGUUGAAGAGGAUAGAGGAAGAAAAACAAGCAGUGGUGGCGGCAGCAGCUGCAGCAGCAUCCAAGAGUGAAGCCAGCAAGAAGGAAAGUCCUCUUGUUAAAACGCAGGAGGCAGACAGUGUUAUUGUUGCAACUCCUGCGGGGCCAGAGGGGAGCUCUGCUUCGGUGACCCCUGCUGAGGGGGCUCCUACAGCCCAGCCCUCGACCAAGGAUUCAGUUGAGGCUAAGCCCGCUGCAGAGAUUGCGCCAGAGCCUCCAAAGAGGCGUUUCUUCGUCACACAGAUUUCAGUGCCACUGAAAGCCCAUGAGAAGAAGAAACUAACUAGAUAUCAAAGACUAAGACAGGUUGAACUGCAGAGAGAGAAAAUGUCUUGGGCCCGUGUAAAGAAACUUAAAUCUGACCAAGCAAAUCAGAUGUUUUCAAACAUAGAUUGGCAAGUACCCCUGUCUGAAUCCUCUCCAUUCCCAGUGCGCCCCGCGACCACGGCUCCUCCACCUGCGGCCAGUCCAUCGAAAACAUCUCUCCCAAGUCUUGCCUCAACUAGCAAGCCUGCAACACCCAAGCCAGAAGCCCCUAAGGUUGACACUCCUAAAGCUGAACCCAGUAAGACUGAAGCCACUAAAACAGAAACGUCCAAAACUGAACCCACUAAACCUGAACCUGCCCAAGCUGAAGCCUCCAAAACUGGGACUCCUAAUGCUGGAACCCGUAAAUCUACAAGGCAAAGUAAGGCUCAAACUCUAAAAGAAACCCCUUCUCCGGGGCCCGCCCCCAAAGUGACCAGAUCAGCAGCCAAGAGGACCCUCCCAGCAGUACCCCCUCCCAUGCCCAAUGGACUUGCUCAAAAACAGAAGCCUGUUGAGUACAAGCCAUACAGACCCAGGCCCAAGUAUUCCUUUGAUGACUUUGAACUAGAUGAUGACCCAUUACCAGGAGCAACAGCAAAGCCCGGUCCUCAGUCGAGGCCCACACAGCCGACACGACCUAAUGUUCAGUCGUACCCCGCAGCUCAAUCUAAACCCACAGUUCAGUCAAAACUCACCGUUUCAUUGCAUCUUGCCAACCAGGCAAAACUCAAAGCUCAGGCCACACGUGCUGAACAGACCUCAGUUCAGUCAAGGCCCUCCGGUUCUACCACGCCACAGUUAAAAACUGCCGCUGCAACUACACCCCAGUCGAUGGCCAGCGCCUACUGCCGCAGCGUCUUUAAAACAUGUUCCUUCGUUAAAGUUCAAUUAAACUCUCCCGCUUUGAUGACACCCCAGUCAAAAGCUUUUCCAGCUCCAGGUCAGUCCAAGCCCGCUGCUUCUGCUUCGCCUCUGUCAAAGCCCGCUGGUAGCGGAAGUGCUGCUCAGCACAAGCAGUCAACAGCAUCUCAGGCUGCAGAGUCAACCGCAUCUGAGACGAAUCCUGCUGCGCCCAAGGCCGGCUGUGGUUCAAUGCGUCAGAAAACUCCAAAUCCACCGUCAUCAAAAGAUGACAAAUGCAAGAAUACAGAUGAUCCCACCUCUUCCCUCUCCUCUAAAGACGGCUCAAAAGUGUCUGCUGACGCACAGAAGUGUGAGGAAAAGCCUGCAGUCACUGGCGUUGAUCCUUCUCCGGAGACUAAGACAGAAAGAGGCAAGACAGCCGAGAAGACAUCGGAAAAACCUCAAGACGGAGCAGCGGAGCCACAGGAUGCCAGGAAUCCUCUCUCUGAUGCUUGUCUGCAAAAAGAAGUCAAGAAACUAAAGGAGGCUGACAAAGACAACACCCAAACCAUUAUUGAUGCAGGACAGAAGCAUUUUGGAGCCGUGGCCUGCAGCGUGUGUGGGAUGCUCUACUCUGCCGCCAACCCUGAAGAUGAAUCUCAACAUUUACUCUUCCACAACCAGUUCAUCAGCGCUGUCAAAUAUGUGGGAUGGAAAAAAGAAAGGAUACUGGGAGAGUAUCCUGACGGCAAGAUCAUCCUUGUCCUGCCAGAUGAUCCCAAAUACGCUCUGAAGAAGGUGGAGGAGAUCAGGGAGAUGGUGGACAAUGACCUCGGCUUCCAGCAGGUGGAGACCAAGUGUCCCUCUCAGACCAAGACCUUCCUCUUCAUCUCCAAUGACAAGAAAGUGGGUGGAUGCCUUAUAGCAGAGCACAUACAAGAGGGAUACAGGGUGAUCGAGGAGCCGGUGCCGGAGGGUUCAGAGGGAGAAAAGGUGAUGUUUGAACGUCAGAGAGCGUGGUGCUGCUCCACGACACCAGAGCCGGCCAUCUGUGGCAUCAGCCGCAUCUGGGUGGUCAACAUGAUGAGACGCCAGGGCAUCGCCUCACGCAUGCUCGAGUGCCUCAGGAACAACUUCGUAUACGGUUCGUACCUGAGCAAAGACGAGAUCGCUUUCUCCGACCCCACGCCCGACGGAAAACUCUUUGCCACACAAUAUUUUUGCACUUCUCAGUUUUUGGUUUAUAACUUUGUGAGCGGAACACGCUCGUCCCAGCCAAACGUCGACGCAGUAUGACGGUUCUUCGGGAGAAGGUAACGACGGAUUAAACCCCGAGACGCCCCACUCACCAACGGGACGCACCAACAGAAUCUGUAUUUGCAUAAUUAAAAGAAACUGUAAAAUUUCUCCUUGGAGAGGACACACAUUGGUUUAAAGCUCAGGAUGAAACAACAAGGUGUUGUUGAAAAUUUUUAUCAAUUUGCCCUUUAAUCCCUCCCCGAAUGGUAUUUUGGAAGAAAAAAAAGAGAGUAUUUUCUUUAUACAUUUUUUUAAGUAAACAAUUGGUUUUAUUAGAAGUAUAGAGUUUACAUGCAUGACCUGACAGCAAUAGAAAACAAAGAGCAUUUUAUUAGGUUUUUGUUUUAAUCCCUGAUGAGCAUAAGGUCGACCAGGGUGCAUCCAAUUUAAUGGUUAUUUUAGCAUUUUGUCCUCAUUCUGUUUUUAAUGAUUUUUACUUACAUGAUGUAGUGUACAUUGAGGGAUUAUCCAUGUUCAUCUCUUUCCAGUUCAAAGUGACGCUGCCGUCGUCUCAAGUUGUGUUUUCAAGCGGCAGCGAUAAUGCUGAACGUUCACAACUGCACGAUUUCUAUUGGGGCGGUUGAAAGUCUUUCGUCCGCAUCGGUCCCAAUGAUUUCACUGUCAUGGUUCUUUGUAACAUUUCAAACUGAUCAUCCAAACCAGGUGAUUUAAUCAGAGGGGCUAAUUUCAACAAUGUGGUUGAAGAGAUGUGGGUUAGAACUGUAGCCGGGGCAUUAAUUGCGUGCUCUUAUUUUCUUAGAUCACCUUGCCUGAAACGUUUAGUUUUCCGAGCUGAGCCAUAUACUGUACACCAUUUAGCAGGGCAUUGUAGCCUAAACUGUAUGAGUGAUGUCUUUUUAAUUUCACCAAGGCUGUCUAUUGCUUUCUUUGUGCCUGAAUGAAUAAUGUGUGACUUUUGUUUCUUUUUCUUAGCCAUACGUUAUGGAUUUCUAUUAAGUUAAUGUAGAGUAUCACCCUCCUUUUCCUUAGUAACAACAAAUUAAAAUGUAUAUCAAGUUAUCAUGUAGAGUUCUGAAUACUAUAACAACAUUUAUAAUGGAUGAGCAAGGUCUUAAGGCUCAGGUGUUUAAAUGGUAUAUUUGCAAACAGGAAUAUUUGCUCAGUGAUCAACGUGAGGGGAACAAAUGAACCGCUGCCUCCCGACACAGAUUUACACGAUCAUUAUACUCCAUCCCCCUCAUUUCUUCCUUCUCGUUAAAGCAGUUGCUUUUAGAAAGAUGUGUCGUGUAAGAAAAAGAAAUUUGAUUUAUACGAAGCUGUUAUGUAAAUAUUUAUUUAAAUAAUAAACGAUUUUAAAACAUUGUCGCUUGCUCCGUUUUCGUCAAACGACCGUGUGCUCUCUGCGCUUACUGCUGCCUCUUCAGUCUCACAUUUUAGUAUUGGUCACUAAUGCCAUCUAGUGGACGUUGUUGUUGUAAGCGAUAUUUAAAAGAUGUUACUCUGCAUUGUUUUGAUGUAAAUUCUAACGAAUAUAAAUAACAAUUCUUAA